CCGCGAGCCCGAGGGAAGCUGCAACCGAGCAAAGAGAGGGGCGGGAAGGAGCGCGCCCGCCGGGCCGGAAGCGCUUGCGAGAGGCUGAGGCAGAGCCAGGGAGCGUGUGCAAAGUGCCCGCCCGGCCGCUGAGCGCAGCCGUGCGCGCGGCGGCGGCGGGAACGCGGCGCUGUGAGGAGCAGUAACGGCCGCGCCCGCCUCGCGCCGCCCCUCAGCCGGCCCCCGCCGAGCGGGGAGGCCCGAGGUGGGUUCGUUACUUUGGUUCAGGUUUUUCAGGUUUUCUACACGCGCGCGGGCAUCCGUACCGCGAAUAGCAGCGUGUGUCUUUAAAGCACGCUCUAAAAGCUAUAGCAGAAGCGGAGUUAGGGAGCCAUCGGGGCUGAGGACGCCGAUGUAUUUUUGUCAGAGGACGCCCACGCUGCGCGAGCGGCGAGACGGGAUGUCUGCGGCGCGGCUCCCGGGGUAGCAGCGGGCGGAGGGUGACACCUGGCGGCAGCGCCUCCCGCGACGAGCGGGUGCAGCUGUGAGCGAGCUCGUUUGCGGUUCACUGCAACCCCGUUUAUACUUCUGGAAUGAACAGAGCAAUGAAACACCUGGGAUGGAAGCUAGAGGGAAUCUAUGCAGUGAUCUGCAUCUCCUUUGACAUCCUGUUGCCUGAUCUCUAGAAGGUCUCCAUACCCUCUCUGCAGGGAUUCUUAUCCUCUUCUUUAAACCUCCCGCAGUCUGAAUAAAGAAGCAUCAAUUACAACUCAGUCACACCUCAAAAAAGGAGGAAGAUAAAUUGACUGAAUUUAUGAGAAGUUUCUCUAUGCAACUACCAAGAGCAGGAAAUGAACAGAAAAAGAAUACAACCUCCAUUUGCAAAACUGUGUCUUGGUUUACCUUCUGGAUCACAAUGACUGUAGCUCCAUAUAGAAUUGAUUUCUCCAGUACAUUUGAAAAGGAAACCCUGGAGAGCAGGUACAUGUUUUUUGGGCUCCAUGUCACAGAACACCGUUGAUAAGAGACUUGGGAAAAGUUUUAGACAUCCUGUCAUCCUGAAGGCAAUGAAAUAUCAGUGAGGAUCGAGCAGUAGAAACUGUGGCUUGAGAGGAAAAAGAAUCUUCAAUUCAAAGCCCUAGGAUGUCUUUGCCAUUAAAAUUCAGCACGCUUUCAGAAAACAGACUGUAGGAGGAAUCAAAUACAGUUUUAUGACUAUAUAAAUUUUACCAGUCUCUUUUAAGAUCUCCAUUAUUAUUCACUUUUCAAAGACAGUCUAUGGAAUUACAGACUAUCAAAGGAGCCAUCUGGAAAAAAGUAAGCUUUGAGAUCCAAUUACUAGAAAGCAUUAGUACAAAAUGCUUUUAUCAGUUAACUUAUAGAAACUCCAAAUCAGGAAUUGAUUCAGCGAGGAUCAGAAUAUCUUCACCACAACAUUUGCUGAUGAUAAAUCACCUGUCAGAAGUCCUUGGGGAACACCUUUGUACCUAAAAUUAGUACGCACAUCCAAGUACAAAGAUGCCUGUGGCUCGACUUGGCAGAAAACUGUGUACUUGUAACAUUACAUCUUCUGAAUAAGUCGGGACUUUUAAAGCCUGGUAAAUAAACACUGGAUAAACUCAAGAGAAUUUCUGGACUGCAGAGACUUACGGAUCUGAGUUCUCCAGGGCUGGCAUGUUUUGACUGAACUGCUGCAAUGAUACUGGAAACAGUCUGACACUUCUAGUACAUCAAAAGGAAAACAAAUAACCUCAGCUAUGGAGAGAAAAAGACUGCUACAGAAAAGGGAAACUGGGAAAAGACUUUCUCUGGACAGCAGCCUUGUGGAGUAUAUGGACUCAAACAAAUACAUAGAGCAUCUAGUGACUCAGCUAGAGGAACAACGCUGGAAUUUAUGGAGGGAGAAGCUGUCUGUGGCUCGGCUGCAGCGAGAAGUUGCACAAAGUAAGAGUGAAGGAACCAUGCGUGAGAAACUGAUACAUGAGUUGGAGGAAGAAAGACAUUUAAGGCUUGAGAGCGAAAAACGAUUACGGGAGGUAACACUGGAGUCAGAGCGUAACAGAGCUCAGAUGCGUGGCCUACAAGAGCAGUUUUCCAGAAUGGAGGAAACAGUGAGAAAUCUACUACAGAGCCAAGGAUCCCCAAGCCAGAAUGGAGAAGGAACUGUCAGUAUCAUGAAGGCAUAUCAGGAAAAGCUGUCAGAAGACAGUAGGAAAUGCAAAGAAGGCAUGGAAAAAAUUCACACAGCAGUAGAUGAAGAUUCAAGAAGUGAAAGCAACAGCACUGAAGAGGAAAAAGAAAAGACAAAAUUGCUAUUGGAGCGUUUGAAAGCUCUGGAGGCAGAGAAUUCAGCACUGGCUCUGGAAAAUGAAAAUCAGCGAGAGCAGUAUGAAAGGUGUCUUGAUGAGGUAGCUAAUCAGGUUGUUCAGGCUCUACUUACUCAAAAGGAUCUGAGGGAGGAAUGUAUAAAGCUGAAAACAAGAGUUUUUGAUCUGGAGCAACAGAAUCGAACGUUAAGUGUGCUUUUCCAGCAGAGAGUCAAACCAGCUUCUGAUCUCCUCCUUCAGAAGCUCCAUUCACGCAUCUUAGACCUCUCAUCUGGAGAUUUGCUGUCAGAAGUAGAAAGGAACAGAAGCUUGAUGCAGUCGCGACCUGCUGAUGCUCAGGUUCACGAAUGCCAACAGAAUGUGAAAUCCACUAUACCUGUUUUGAAAUGCCACAGUCAAUUAAAUGUGACAGGUCCUAGCCGCCUGUAUCCCCGGAGCAGCUGCAGUAGCAGUGAACUCUCCCUUUCAAGUGCUUGCAGUGAAUAUUCCAGUGGUUCCUCCUAUACUUGGAAUGAUGGGAAGACAUGCAGCAAAAGGUCAUCCGUGAGCUGGGAUAAAAGAAUAAGCAUUGGUUCUUCACUCCCAAGCAACCUCUCUAGUCCUGCAGAAGAUCUACCUCCAACUCGUAUCAAGGAAAACCAUAUCCUAGAAGGGCUGAAGAAAUUACAGAAGCAAAAAAUAUUACUUGAAUCACCUUCAGUAAUAUCAAAAUGGGGCUACAAAGAUUGCAUGAACUCCAAUGAAGGAAUAUAUUCCCCUGGAGUUAAAUGUGGCAGCCAUCAUGAGCAGACUCAUUGUAAACCAAUGGAAAUAGGAAGUAUUUGCAUUGAACAUAACAAAACUUUCUCUUAUGAUUCAGAUUCACAUGAUGAUGCAGAUGAUGAUUCUUCGUCUUCAUUAUUGCUGCAGGAAGUACCAAGCAAAGACUGUAGGAUCUAUUGUAACAAAUUAACUCACAGUGUUUCUGACAGUCUCUUUCACUGGGAUCCUAAUAAGAAACAUUUGCCAGAAAGAAGUUCAUAUUUCAAUUCAAAGGAAAGACCAGAAAAAUUGACUAGUUUUGUCAGUGGAUUUCACGCAGAAGUAGAAUCGUGCACCAGAACAAAGCUGCCUGAUUUACAGUUAGAUCAAAGCCAUGCUAAUAUAGGCUGGAAGGACCUUAAUUUUCAGCUUUCAGAUACUGAUGACAAUGAAGUCUUGGAUGAAUUGCAUAUAGAAAGCAGUGAUGAGAAAAGUCCAUCAGAUUUAUUAGCAACUCCUUUUACUGAGAAGUACACAAAGAACUCUGACGUGCUUGUAGUCACGGAGAAUUCUCAGUUUAUAUCUAGUGACAAACAGGAAAGACAGACAUCUGCUCACUUAGACAUUAGGCCAAAGACAUGUAAUUUUGUUAAACAACAAAAAGUCAUAAAAAAGACUUCUUCCGAGGAGUGCAUUACAGUAAUAUUUGAUGCUGAGGAUGGUGAGCCUAUUGAAUUCAGCUCACAUCAAACUGGAGUUGUCACUGUAACAAGAAAUGAGAUAUCAAUCAACCAAACAGAAAGUAGAUCCAGUGCAGAAUAUACUGAACUUAUACCUCAGGGAAUAGCUAAUUUGCAGUCAGGAACGAAUGCUAGAGACUACACUGUUUUAGAAGGUUCUGAAGACAAAACUAAGAAAAAGACUCUUGAAGAUAAUACAGGGAAUAAAAAUACAGUUGUCACCACGACCUGCAGUGAAUCUUCACACUGUGGAAGAGUAAUACUGCAAAAUGCCCCACAGCAAAAACUAGUGAAGCCAGUGUAUGAUGUAUCAUGUAAGGCCAAUUCAAGCUCCAUCGUUCAUGCAGGAAUCAGUCAAAAGCCAAUCUUGACUAAAAUACCCAGCAGAGGUAAAUUUUCUCCACAAAGAAAGAAGAUGACUGAGAGUGAGGAGGCACCUGUAGCUACAUCAGUGACCCCUGCAACCCUUGAAAAAUCACCUGCUCUACCACCUGUAAAGCUUUCAAGACUCAAAAAGGCACAAAGUCCACCUCGUGAUUUUGACUCAAAAGUCGACUUCCAGGUUCCAAAGCCCCCUGCCCGCCCCCUGCCCAGCUCAAAACAUCUGGGCAGAGGCAAUGGGACAAAGUAUCCAAAGAGUCAGAGUCCAGCAUCACCACUGUUGCCUGAGCACCUUAUAGAGCCUGCUGACUAUGGAGAACCUCCAACCAGAGACUCUAAUCGUGAUUUAGCAACUGUAGAAGCCCGGUCUCCAUCCCCACCCCUUCCUCCAGGCAGGUCAGCGUCCCUAUUGAUUCGGCCCGAUUAUGCUCAUUCACCACCUGUAGCUGUGAAGUUAGGAGGAGCUGUUCCAGGUGAAACAGCAAAAAAUAUACUGAAAUCAUCACCAUUAAAAGGAACUGCGAACUCUGGCAUCCAUAAUCAAUCUAGUCAUGAUAUGCAAGCAAAAAAUGUAUCUUCUGGAGCCAAAAUUGAGUUAUCUUACCUUCAAGAAAAUUCUGAAGCAAUUAUGCAAAAUAAAUGUAUAUCUCAGCAACCCCAUAGUGCAUGCCAAGGACUUUCCAAAGUUUCCAUGAAGCAAAUCUGCCUGAAAACCACUAAUCAGAUGGGUCUCCACAGGAACCAUGAGAUUCUGAGCACAGAUUCUCAGACAGGCAGGUCCGUUCCUCUGGGAACAACUUCACAAGAAGCACAUUCCAGCAAGAAGGAUAUUUCCAGUGACAGUGGGGUUGAUCAGCCACAAAAGAUGCCAAACAUUCUCCCUGCAACUCCUCAAUGUCGUACAACGAGCACAAGUGAGCCCUUGCUAUCUCAGGUAAACAAUUCUCCAUUGUCAACACUGUUUCAUGGUAGUGACACUGCAAAUGCCACACAAAACUCUAAUGAGAAAGGAGUGAAAACCCGUCUCCCUGUAGGACUGAAAUUAUUUGUCAAAUCUCCUCAACUUCUCCGAAAGAGCUCUACUGUCCCAGGGAAGCAGGAAAAAGAUAGUAUAAAUGCAGCUUCCAAAAGCUAUGUGAGUACAAAUAAGUACAAGCAAAAUGAGUGUGUAGCCAACAGAGGUGCAAUGGAUGCUGAAUUAAAAGACUCUAAGUCUGAUACUGAAAUAAAAGACAAUUUUACUGCGAGACUUAGUAUGGAUGCAGCAUCACCUCAUUCACAUGAAAAUGGCAGCUUGGUGGUAGACAGAGCAGAUGAAUUAGAAAGCAAAUUAGUUAAGAGAUCUUUUUCUUCUAGCAACAAGUCACAUUUGAAACCAGCUCUGGGCAUGAAUGGAGCAAAAGCUCGAAGUCAGAGUUUCAGCGUUCAUACAGGAGAAAAGCCAUCUGCCCUUGUGACAGAAGGGCUUGGAAAAGUACGGACUCAGAUUAUUACAAACACUUCUGACAGAGGAAAUUCUCUAACAAGGCAGAACUCAGCCAUGGAAGGACUUCAAAUCAAGGGCAUUCCUGGGUCAGCAGCAACACAAGAGACUCUUUCAAGUACUUCAAAAAACACAGAAAAUUCUUACUCUAGACAAGGUUCUCUUGGAAGUAAUUGCAAUAACCAGCAUGGAAGCCCAAGCAAACUGCCAUUCAGAUCAACUCCAAAAGUAGACUCGUUUCGAAACACUUUGAAAUAUGAUGGAAACAAAUCAUUUUCUGUGAAAGAUGCACGCAGUCUAUCUGUCCAGAGUGAGAAAAGCAGUGAAAAUUUAAAACAUGAAGCUCUAAAUAAAAAAAGUGUUUUGCCAGCAGAAUUGGAGUUAGAUGCAUCAGCUACUGUAUCUUCCAAACAGAUUUCAUCAUUUCAUAGCUUGGGUGGAAUAAAAAGUCCGCAUAAACUGGAAGCAAUAAAAUCACAGAGACAGCAGAUGUCUUUAAAGUUAGCAGAAGCCUCUCAGGUUACUGAUGUUUUUAGUUCACCUGCUCUACAACCUACAAUAGAGGAGAAGGUCAUGUUGUGCAUCCAAGAAAAUGUCCAGAAGGGUCAGGAACAAAACAAAUCUCCCACUGUAGAGACUAAACAAAAGACUGGGCCCUCGAUAGCUAGUUGGUUUGGCUUUCGAAAGAGUAAGCUGCCAGCACUGAGUAGCAGGAAACCUGACGUUCCUAAAACAAAGGUAGAAAAAAAAGAACCAAGAGUUUCAGGAUUUGGAAUUAAGCAGUCAAAAUUAGAGAGAAGAAAAGAAAAAAAGCAAACUGAACAGCACUGUGAAGUGGAAAAUGAAUUCAACAAGAAAACAGGCAACAGUGGCUUUUUAGAUGAUGCUGUGGAGUUUAAAAUUUUGAAACCGUCACGAAACACAUCUGGCAAGAUUGGAUGUGACCAAGUCAAGGGUUCCACCACAUCUACAUACUCACCAAAAGACAGUUUUAUGAAAGAGCUUUUAAACAGAGUUGAUAAGAAAGCAGCUCAGCAGACAGAAAGUGGAUCAAAUAAUGUUUCCUACAGGAGUGUGUCGAAGGGCAGCUCCCAGGGCUCCUCUCUUCACAGCAACUCUAUCAGCUCUCAAGGAAACCACAAGAAAAACAGCAACACAAAAGCUGAUAUGGAAAUGCAGAAUCAGACCCUGGCUAAAGUAGUCACAGAAAACCUGCAAGAAGAAGAGGAGGACACCAUGACAAGGACUACAUGUCAGAGUCAUGUGAUAGAGUCUUGCUGCCAGAUGAGGACGCUGGACAGCGGCAUUGGAACCUUCCCACUCCCCGACUCAGGGAACCGAUCUGCGGGGCGACACAUGUCUAAGCAGGAAUCGACCUUGGAAACAGAAGCCCUUGCACCGUCAGAGCAAGUUGUUCUUUCAGCUCCUUCAGUAAAAGCCAAAACUCUUGAGCGAGAAGUGCCUUCAACAGCUGAGAGUCAGGAGUCUGUGGAAAGCAUAAUUAGUCACUCAACAUCUGAUCCAGCCAUGACUGCCAAAGGUAUACGACCUUUUCAAAGUCGCCUUCCAAAACCAGAUUCCUCAGGAAUAAUUAACCUUGCAAAGCAAAGUGAACAAGAACCAAGUUCUGUGACCUCUACCUCAUUAGAGCUUACUGAAGAAACUGCAGAAAAUAGAAAAGUUCUUUCAGAUUGGACUACCAAGAAAACUACAAAAACAAAGGACAGAGCUCUAAGAGUGUGCACUUACUCUGCCAGCAGCAGUGACACUGAACUGGAGCCAGAGUAUGGAACAAAUUAUUUUCGAACUGCAGAGGAGACGUUAGUAGAGUUAACAAAGAGCAGCAAACAAGUGGAGCAGGAAAAACAGAAGCAGAGAAAGUCAGUUCUGGGGAAACCAAUGUCAAUCUUGGAUUUAUACCAACACAGUCUCUAUGGCCAUUUUGGAGAGGAUGGACCUGAACAAUUAACACAUUUCAGUUUAAUUGAGCAGCUGAGUGGAGCUUCCAGUAAAGACAGCAAGGGCAGAGAGAGCCCAAGUAAAUUGAAGCAAACUGAAGAAACAAAAGAAGAUUCUCAGACUAGAUUAUCUAAAAUUUCCCUGGAGUCUCUCAAUAAAUUUAACAGCAAUAAUGUACUUUUAUUAGAAAAGGAGAAGAACUGUCUGAACAAAGCUGAAGGACAAAAGGAAGAAAACGGAAAGAAGGAAGCAUCUUCCUUAAACAGCUCCGAUAGGCAGGACACAGACAAUUUGGAGUCAUUGAGCGAUUCUUUGUACGACAGCUUCUCCUCCUGUGCCAGCCAAGGCUCUAACGAUGUGUGAGGACGCUUUCAGCAGGCUGCAGACGGAGCACUUACGGAGCUGCAAGUGGGCAGCGAGAGCAGAGAAGGGACGGAACUCACCCUGUGUCGCUGUGCCCACGGCAAGGUGUUCGCCACUUUGGUCUUCAUGACACAGCAAUAAGAAAGGCAGCACUGCAUUCGUCUCAGUGCAGGAGACUCAACACUCCACACAACAAAUGACUAGACAGAGACAAGUCUUAAUUUUGCACUUUUAUGAAAAUUUGUAUAGAUGUAAAUAUUUUGGAAAGAUAUAUUUGUAGGGAGAGAUGACAGCAAUAAAUAUUACGUUGGUGCUACGCUCCUGUAAUGGCAGAUUACUGACUUAAACUGAUGUUAAUAUUAACAAGAAAAGUUAGUAGAUUUUUUUAAGAAGAUUUAUACUUAUUCUAGUCUUAAAACGAUGUAGAAACACUGUGUGACCAUAAACCUGAGCCUGCCGGAUCAUCUGUAA